GCGAUGAUUUAUGUCGCAUUAGCCACCUUCUCGGGGGGUACAAGUGUCCGGCGCGACAGCUGGACGGAGCAACAACGAUGGCUCGGACACUGGGCGAAACUAGAAUAAUUGCGUUGUUAUUUAAGCUCGAAUGCACGAGAUAAACGAUACAAACGCAGGUAAAGAGACAGGCGGUAGUCGCACGUGCCCCCCGACAAUUAUCGCGGGCCUCGAGCGGAUGAAAGAUGAUAGAGGCGCCGACGUGGAACUCGAAGAAGGAUGAGAGCAUCUACAAGGCCGCGGGUGCCAUGCACCUGCGCAAGUACGGCGAGUUCUUCGAGAACCUGGUGGAGAAGUCGUGGCGGGGCGACUCAACGUUGGAGCACAUCGUCGAGGGUCCCCUGCGCCUGGUCCACAAGACGUGCGAGGACAUCGGCAUCCUCUCCCUGGUGGAGAUGGAGAACAAGGUUCUGUCCAAGCUGCUGGCGGCGGUGGCGGGCACGUGCAGGGAGAUCAGGAUGCUGAGGGCGGAGGCGGCUGGUUUUUACGCCAAGCUCUUCGCCCACGGCGAGAGGUGCAUGGACGACGAUCUCGCCGGCGUGGCCAGGCUGCUGUCGGAUCUUCUGGACCUGUCGGUUUUCGCCAGUCGAAUGUCGGCGGUCGUGCAGCUGACGACGCGGCAGCUGGCGAGCCUGUCCGGCGCCGUCCACGAGAUUUACCUACCCGUCCUGCUGGAGGGCUUCGUGGAUCUGUUCGUGAUCCUCGUGACCCUCGACGAGAUCGUCGACGCUCAACCGGCAAUACUGGAGCAGUGGAAGAAGUACAGGAUGCACGUGCGCUCGAUGAUGCACAGCCCGUCGCAGUUCGGCGUCGCCGAGACGAAGCUGGAGACGUUCGACCGUCUGCUCAAGGAUCUGCAGGAGAAGCUGCUGCGGAAGAACAUGUUUCUCAAGGCGAUCGAGCACGUGAUGGACGUGAACAAGGGCGCGGUCAUGAGCGAGCAGAUCGUCAGCUAUCUCAAGACCAUGAUCGCGGACGUGGAGGGCAAGUCGAACGAUUACGCGGCGUUGAACAGAAACUGGGUGAGGGCCAACGUCGGGGUCGCCGUGGUGCUGAAGCUGUUCGGCGCGUGCGACAAGAAGCUGAUGAAGAGGGUGACGGAGGCCAACAAGAGAUUCUACGCGGUCACGCUGGUGGGUAACGUGCUGUGGGUGCCGAGCAGGUUCCUCGGCGACGUCGUGCCGAAGGAGGCCGGCAGCAACGUCGUGAGCCCGCAGGUAGGCGAGAAGAUUCUGCAGGCGCGCACGCAACGGCUGCCGGUCACGGUCAACGGUCUGAUACAACGGGGGACGACCUGGUGCGUGGAGAUGCAGAGCAUUCUUACGAGGACCAAUCUCCAGGUGUCGGACAUUGGGCAGAAGCGUACGCUGCUGACGGAUCUGCUGGCACUGCUGUCGCAGAUGCGGGAGACCGUCGCGUUCGUGACGAAUCUGCACGCCGCGCUGUCGAGGCCGAUGAGCCGCGGCACGGUCCAACUGAUCUGCAGGCUCGUCGAGCUGCACAAGUCCCUGCAGACGACGUUCUACGCGCUCGGGCCGGUCGUGGUGCAGUCGCAGGCGCAGGUGCUGCAGUACCUGGCCUACUACGUGCUGGUGAUGCUGGAAACGGCGCGCAAGGCUCUCGUUCAGAGGGACAAGGGUUACAGCAGGGAACGGCUGGACGCGCUGUCGCUGAUAGGGCUGAGUAUGCGACUGAUAGGCGGCCCAGCGAGCGCGGACAGGCGGCUGAUCGUGCGCUGCGCGCUGGCGUGCGCCACCCAGCUGGCAGAUACCUUCCGCGAGGAGGACGUGGUGAAACUGCGGUUCCUGCUGGACAGCUACGACGCCGUGGCCGAGCUGUACGAGCUGGUCGACGAACACGGCGACUACUCGCUGCUGCUGCACCAUCAGAACAUGUUGCCCGCCUAUCUCUCCUCGGUCGUCGACGGCAGUACCGGCGUCUGCCACGUGGCCCACCUGUUCGCCGCCUUCAACAGCGCCGUGGCCGAGCAGGAGUUCGCCGAGCUGAGGGCGAAGCGGAUCGCGGAGCUGAGAGAGAGCCUGGUGAAGAACGUACUGAAACCGGCCUGUCACGAAAUCGAGACCAGCCUGCGGCUGCACGUGCACGCUCACCUCAAACUGGACUCGACGAAUCCCUUCAACAUCGGCGCGAAGGACGGCGGUAGGGUGGUGCGAGUCCCGCCGCUACCUCUCGCCGAAAACAUGAUCUGCACCAAGAGAUUCGUCGAGCAUUACCUGGACGACAUGUUUUACAAUCUGACGACAGUGGCCCUGCACGAUUGGAGAACCUACCGGACGAUGCACGCGCUGGCCAGCUACAAGAUGAGCCUGGACACCGUGCAGGACCAUCUGCCGACGCAGACUCUCGAGCAGGGCCUGGACGCCCUAGAGAUUAUGCGUAACAUCCACGUGUUCGUUUCCAGGUACCUAUACAACCUGAACACGCAGACGUUCGUGGAGCACAGCAGCGGCAACAAGCACCUCAACACCAUCGGCAUCCGGCACAUAGCCAACUCGAUUCGCACCCACGGCACCGGCAUCAUGAGCACCACGGUGAACUUCGUCUACCAGUUUCUGCGCGUCAAGCUGCACACUUUUUCGCAGUUUCUCUUCGACGAGCACAUCAAGUCGCGGCUAAUGCGCGACAUCAGGUUCGUGCGAGCGCAGCGGGAGGCCGGCGCCGCUCCGUACGCGUACGAACGGGCGGAGAAGUUUCAGAAGGGUAUCCGGAAACUGGGGAUGACCGCCGACGGGCUGAGCUACCUCGAUCAGUUUCGCCAGCUGAUCACGCAGAUCGGCAACGCGCUCGGUUACGUGCGGCUGAUCCGCUCCGGCGGCCUCCACGCCAGCUCCAACGCGGUGUCCUUCCUGCCGGAUAUCGAGAGAACGGUGUCGUUCGAGUCGCUCUGUCGCGGGCUGAAUUACAGCGCCACGACGCAGGCCGCGGCCAGACGGCUGGAGAACGACAUCGCCGACCUGGUGCGCAACUUCACCGAGGGUAUUCAAUACUUCAAGCUGCUAGUCGACGUGUUCGCGCCGGCGUUCCGCGACGCAAAGUCCUAUCAUCUGCAGCAGUUCUACGCCAUCGUGCCGCCACUAACGCUCAGUUUCGUCGACAAUUCCGUGUCCAACAAGGAGAAGAUGUUCAAGAAGAACCAAACCGGCGCGGCCUUCACCGACGACGGCUUCGCCAUGGGUAUUGCCUACAUUAACGAGCUGCUCGAUCAGAGCGCCGAGCUGGACGGCCUUCACUGGUUCAAGACGGUGGAACAGCACAUCGCCCAGGAGAGGCUCGCCGCCGAGCGCAAGGACGACCACGGCGACGAGAAGCUCCAGCAGACCAGGGCGCUCACGCUUCAACGGCUCACCGAGAGAAACGCAGAGUUUCAACUGUUGUAUUAUAGCCUCUCCGGUGCCAGGGUGUUCUUCAAGCAACCUGACACGUAGCGCAAGACAAUCUGCUCAUUUUGAUAUCGAUAUUUCAAUACCGUGCUCUUUGGCACUGGUUACUCAAGUCGAUUUCGUGCCAGGGGAGAGAUGGUUAGCGCGGAUCACGACGAUUUAGACAGAUGCGCGUUCGCAGCCAUUUCUUUCCUAAUUGUUGAUCGCGUACGAAAGUUUGAAUAAAUAUAAUCCCCAUUCCA